AUGUCACAGUCUAAUAUUUUGGCUGAAGAGAUUAGGCCGAGGGCAGUGUACAGCAUCGAUCAGAUAUUAGGAGUUAGCAGCCAGACUUCUGCAAAAAAUAAUUUAGAUGCUGAUACAUUGAAAGGAGAAUCUGUGAGCGAAGGAGAAAUGAUAGAAGAGUCGCUAGAAGACUCUUCAGAUUCAUCUAGACCAAGGAAAAUAAGAAGAUCUAGAACUACUUUUACGACUUUUCAAUUACACCAACUUGAGAGAGCUUUCGAAAAAACACAGUAUCCUGAUGUUUUUACGAGAGAAGAAUUAGCUAUGCGGUUAGACCUUAGUGAAGCCAGGGUCCAGGUCUGGUUUCAAAAUAGACGCGCCAAAUGGAGAAAGCGCGAAAAGGCUAUGGGCAGGGAAGCAGUAUCGUUUAUGCAUCCCGGAGACCAACCCGGACUACCAGAUUUCGCAAUCCACGGUCCAGUUGGCAUGCCACCUGUCUCCAAUGAACACUUUUGGCCAUCUGUCCCGUUCCCACCAAUCCUUAGCCCAGCGUUAGGCCUUCACUGGCCCCCCAAGACACAUAUGCCCACAUUUCACGCUUUUCUGUCACAAUACAUGUUGGCAGGAGGGGGAGUACCACCACUUAACCUUGUAGGUAAUGUACAUAUGCCAGAAGAGCGCUCGAGGAGUUCUAGUCCUGAAAUCCACAGUCCCUCCCAGUUAUCCCCUAAUGCCUUAGAUGCUCUUAGAGUAAGGACGCAGGAUAUGUCAAUACCUCCUUCAUCACCACGAAAAGUCCACGCUAGCUCGUAG